AUGCUCUUCAAGGCCGCUAUUCCCUUCCUCCUUCUCAUCAGCUCUGGUCUCGCUGCCCCGACGGCAAGCCAGGAGGACACUCUUGAGGCGCGCGACGCGGAUGCCAGCGUCCCUGCGUCGACGGAGGUGAAGCGGGAAUGGUGGUGCAGCAGUUACUAUGGUUACGGCUGUUCUAUUCCCUGUGGCGGCCUGGCUGCCCUCGACCUCCAGUAA